GUUUCAGGUUUCGGGUUUGGAAUUUCGAAUUUCGACUUUCGACUUUCAGGUUGAGUUUCGGGUUUGAGGUUUCGAGUUUUAUGUUUCGGGAUUCGGGUUUCGGAUCUAGGGUUUCAAAUUUCGGGUUUCAGAUGUGGGGUUUCGACUUUUCGGGUGUCGAGUAUUGGGUGACGGGUUUCCGAUUUCGAGUUUCGUGGUUCGGGUUUGAGGUUUGGGGUUUCGGCUUUCGGGUUUCGAGUUUCGGAUUAAGAGUUACGGGUUUCGAGACUCGUGUUUCGGGUGUCGAAUUUCGGCCUUCUGGUUUCGGGUUUCGGAUUUCGGGUUUCGGUUUUGGGAUUUGGGUUUUGGGAUUCGAUUUUUGGGUUUCGGGUUUAGGGUUUCGAUUUUCGAGUUAGAGGUUUCACGUUUCAGGUUUCGAAUGUCGAUUUUCAGCUUUAGGUUUUCGGAUUUCAGGUUUUGGGUUACUAGUUUCGGGUUACCGAUUUCGGGUUUCAGGUUUCGGGUUUCGUGGUUCGGGUUUGGGGUUCCGAGUUCGGGGUUCGUGUUUCGAGUUUGAGAUUUAGGGUUUUGGCGUUUUGGGAUUCGGCUUUUAGGUUUCCGGUUUCGAGUUUGGGUUUUGGGGUGUCGGGUUUUGAGUUUCGGGACGGGUUUUGGACUCAUGUUUCGGGAUUUGGGUUUUGGGAUUCGAUUUUUGGGUUUCGGGUUUAGGGUUUCGAUUUUCGAGUUAGAGGUUUCACGUUUCAGGUUUCGAAUGUCGAUUUUCAGCUUUAGGUUUUCGGAUUUCAGGUUUUGGGUUACUAGUUUCGGGUUACCGAUUUCGGGUUUCGGGUUUCGGGUUUCGUGGUUCGGGUUUGGGGUUCCGAGUUCGGGGUUCGUGUUUCGAGUUUGGGAUUUAGGGUUUUGGCGUUUUGGGAUUCGGCUUUUAGGUUUCCGGUUUCGAGUUUGGGUUUUGGGUUGUCGGGUUUUGAGUUUCGGGACGGGUUUUGGACUCAUGUUUCGGGUGUCGGAUUUCGGGUUUCGGAUUUCGGGUUUGAGGUUUCGAGUUUGGGGUUUCGGUUUACGAUUUUUGGGUUAUAGGUUUCCGGUUUGGAGUUUCGGCUUUCGAGUUUCGGGUUUCGCGUUCAGGGUUUGGGUUUUGGUGUUUCAGGAUUCAGCUUAGGGUUUAGGGCCUAAACCCGAAACCUGUAACCCGAAACCCCAAACUCGAAACCCUAAACACGAAACUCAACUUGAAAGUCGA